AUGGCCUCCUCGGGCGUCGGGUCGUACUCGAACCCGCUGAAGAAAUUCAAGUUGGUGUUUUUGGGCGAACAGAGCGUUGGCAAAACCUCGUUGAUUACGCGAUUCAUGUACGACUCGUUCGACAACACAUAUCAGGCAACUAUUGGCAUCGACUUUUUGUCCAAGACCAUGUACCUGGAGGACCGGACCGUUCGCCUCCAACUCUGGGAUACCGCCGGCCAGGAACGCUUCCGCUCGCUGAUCCCUUCCUACAUCCGCGACUCGAGCGUCGCCGUUGUGGUGUAUGAUAUCUCCAACGCCAAGUCGUUUCAAAACACCCGGAAAUGGAUCGACGACGUGCGUGGGGAGCGUGGCAACGACGUGAUCAUCGUGCUGGUGGGCAACAAGACCGAUCUGAACGAUAAACGGGAGGUCACCACGGCACAGGGUGAGGAGGAGGCCAAGAAGAACGGUCUGAUGUUCAUCGAAACUAGCGCCAAGGUUGGACACAACGUCAAGCAAUUGUUCCGGAGGAUAGCCCAGGCUCUGCCUGGAAUGGAAGGCGAGGCGAACCGGGGCGAAAGCACAAUGAUCGAUGUGAACAUCAACCCCAAGGAAACGACCAACAACGACGGAUGCGCCUGCUAA